AUGGUCAGUUUUAUAGUUGCUGCCAUUGGUGCUUGGUACUAUACAAAGCACAUGUUGAAGGAGAGUUCAAGAACACACGAAGAAGAGGAUGAAAGGACAUACCUUAGAAAGUCUUGGAUUCGAAAUCUUAUUUGCAAUGCAAAUAACUGUGUUGAACAACUAAGGAUGAAUCCUCAAGCGUUUAAGAGGUUAUGUGAUGUUCUAUGUACUAGAGGGGGAUUAGUAGCAUCAAGAAAUGUCACGAUUGAAGAAAUUGUCGCUAUGUUUUUGCAUAUUUUAGCUCAUAAUGUAAAUAAUAGGACAAGCAAAACAGAUUUUUAUCGUUCAAAUGAAACAAUUAGUCGACAGUUCCACAAAGUACUUCAAGCAGUCAUGAAGAUAGGAAGCCUCUAUAUUAGACAAGAAUAUACAAAUCCUAAUGAGAGAGACAUAGAGAAGUGGAAAUGGUUUGAGGAUGCUAUCGGGGCACUUGAUGGGACUCAUAUCCAAUUAACUAUUCCUUUGGAAGAUCAAAGUAGAUAUCGAAAUAGAAAAGGAGAGAACAGUACAAAUGUACUUGGUGUUUGUGAUGCCAAUUUGAGAUUUUCAUAUGUGCUACCUGGUUGGGAGGGUUCAACAUUAGAUUCUCGUGUUUUGCGUGAUGCUUUGCAUAAAUACUUUCUUGUGGAUGCUUGGUAUACAAAUGGGCCGGGGUUUUUGGCACCUUAUCGAGGGACUCGCUAUCAUAUAAAGUCUUGGAGAGAAAAUGGUCCAAGAAACUACAAGGAGUUAUUUAACCAACGUCAUUCCUCUGCUAGAAACACAAUUGAGAGAGCAUUCGGAUUGCUAAAAAAGCGAUGGGCUAUAUUACGGACAGCUAGCUUUUAUAGUGUUAAGACUCAAAUUAGGAUCAUUAAUGCAUGUUGUAUUCUUCACAACUUUUUACGUGAAGAGAUGAAUGAAGACGACUUGUUGAAUGAUGUGGAUCGAGAAUUAGAAGAUUCUCCUGUUUUAGAAAUUGAGAAUGUAGAUGAUGAGCGUAUCACCACUGUGAGAGUUACAGAUGAAUGGAGCAACUUUAGAGAUAAUUUAGAUAUGCAAAUGAUGAUAAAGAAAGGGAAACAAAUUGCAUCUCAUUCAAGAUCAUAUGUUGUGUGGAAUCGUGAUAUGGACGCAGCUUUAGCCAAUGUGUUGUACGAUCAAAUGAACCAAGGAUUAAAAGUCGAUGGUACUUGGAAGCCUCAAGUGUAUCAAGUUGCGGUUGAUGCACUAAAAUCAUUUAAUAGCAACUUGAAAAAAGAUAACAUGAAAAAUCGACUCAAAAUUUGGAAAACCCAUUAUAAUGUUAUCUAUGACAUUAAAAAUAAAAGUGGUUUGACGUGGUUGGAUGAUGAGAAGAAAAUGGUGAUUAUACCCGCUAGUGAGCAAAAAGUAUGGAACGACUAUGUUACAGCUAAUCCAGAUGCAAAAGGCUACCAGAAUCGUUUGAUUGAAAAUUGGGAUGACAUUAUGGUGUUAUGUGCAAAAGAUAGAGCCAACGGUGAAGGUUCAGAAACUUUUGAUGAGGCUGCUAACACAAUGCAACAUGAUGAAUCUGUGGCACAAUCUGAAACAAACGAAGAUGGAAGCUCUUCAAGGAAACAUCUUCCUGGAACAUCAACUAGUGGUGAGACAAGUUCAAAGAAACAAAAGAAGGGGGAUAAAUUGGUUGAUUCACUUGUAGUGAUGGAAGCUUCUGUGACUGAGUAUUUUAAUGAGAGAAAGAAGGAAAUAGUAAGAAAACCACCAACCGGUGAGGAGAUUCAUCACGUGGUCUCAAAAAUACCCAACUUAAGUCGCAUUCAAAUGUUCAAGGCAUUUGAGAAGCUAAUGGAUAGCAACCCGGAAAAAUUUUAUUUGUUGAAGUCACUUCCUGAUGAUGAAAAAAGAGAUUUCAUUCUCUUUAUUCUUAAGGAGAAGUUUCUAGUUGGAUGGAAAGAACCCCCAAAUCUUUGA